AUGCUACCCUGCGUGUUCUGGCCCAGACUGAAGCUCUGCUGCUGGCUGCUGAACGCUGCCGUCCUGCUUGGAGAGUCGGAGAUCAGCGAGUCGAGCCACUCCGCCUCCCACGAGUCGGCCGGCUUCUCGGAGCGCAAGCGGCGGACCCUCCCCCGUCUCCCCGGCGACGAGCUGGGCCGGCGGGCGCCGGGGGCGGGGCUUCACAGCGACAUGGGCGAGAAGCAGGACACCGAGCCGCAGGAGAAGGACCCCCGGGGGCGGGCCGGGCCGGGCAGGGCGCGGGGGGGCGGCGGCGGCGGCGGCGGCGGCAGCCGGGGGGGCAGCCCCAAGCGCUGCUCGCCGUCCCGGGGGGGCGACGGCGGGGCGGGGAGGGGGGCGGCGGCCUCCCGGUCCAAGCCCCCGCGGCCGCUGAGCGGCGCGGAGAAGAGGCUGGAGGAGGCGCAGCGCAGGAAGAAGGAGGAGGAGAAGGCGCGGGAGAACGCCGGGAAGCCUCUGCUGCGGCAGGAGAGCUUCACGGUGGAGCGCUCCUCCUCCAACGUGCCCAUCGAGCUCAUCCCCCGCAUCGACGGCCCCCCGGGGGGGGCGGCCCUGCAGGGGGACGGCGAGGCCGUGGCCGCCUUCCUGGAGGCGGGGGCCUCGGAGCAGGGCGACCCGCCCAGCCGCUCCAUCGAGGGCUCGCUCUCCCCGGAGUCGGACGUGGACACCACCAGCACCGUCAGCCAGGCCGACGGCGGCAGGAAGGUGGUGCAGAAGCAGCGCCGCACCCUCGCCGCGGGGCAGAAGGAGCGCACCGUGCUCUGCUCCUCCGGCCGGGGCUCCUCCUCCGCGGGGCCCCGCGGGGCCCACGAGCGGAGGCCCAAGACCCGGGCCCCGCAGAGGCCCAGCCAGCAGUGGACGUCCAUGGACCUCACGGACGACGACGUCAACUCCACCUCCCUCCUCUCCGACUCGCUGCCCGCCGCCCCGGCCCAGCGGGGGGCCCGGGGCCAGGCCGGGGGGGGCGCCUCGGUGGGGGCCAGCACCAAGUCCAGCCGGGCCAAGGGGGCCCCGGGCCAGAACGCCGCCGCCAAUAAGAACGCCGCGGCGCCCAAGCCCCGCCCCACCCGCGCCUCGCUGCUGCGGCGGGCGCGCCACGGGGACUCCUCCGACACGGAGCCCGCCGACUUCGACCGGCUGUCGGUGGCGUCGGAGGCGAGCACCGCCUCCUCCGCGUCCCGGACCGGCCUGGGGAGGCGGGGCCUGUCCCGCAUCGAGGCGCUGGCCCAGCCCCGCCGGCAGAGGGUGGGGUCCCCCUCGGCCCAGAGCGACUCUGAGGCCACCGUGAGCCGCAGCCGGGGCCUGGGGGCCCGCAGCGUCGCCGGGGACUACGCCGUCCGGCAGGGGCUCCGGGGGCCCGCCGCGGGGCCCCCCGCCGGGACGCAGAGGGCCCGGGCCAACAGCGCCUCCAAGCUGCCGGACAAAGCCGGGUCGAGGUGGCGCCGCGUGCCGGUGGAGUACGCCUCCACCUCGGAGGACGAGUACGGCUCCAACCGCCACGCCUCCCGUCAGGGCCAGGCCCGCACCUUCCCCUCCACCCGGGUCGCCCAGCUGGGGGGGUCCGCCCCUGCGACCCCCAGCCCGGGGGGCGGGCCCGGCCUGAGGCCCCACCCCCAGGACGAGUACAUGAAGGACUGGACCGCCCACAGCGAGGAGAUCGCCAGGAUCAGCCAGGACCUCGCUAAAGACCUGGCCAUGCUGGCCAGGGAGAUCCACGACGUGGCGGGAGAGAUCGACUCUGUGAACCCAGCGUCGGAGCCGGCUCCUCAGGUGGAGGUCGCUGCGCCGGCGGUGAGCGGCUCCAUGGAUGACAUCAGCCUGGUGGAGUCCAGCGGGCGGCCGGUGGAGAUGAGGCUGCGGGGGUCCGGCGGUCAGGGGUCCCGCUCCAUCAGGAGACAGACCUGGAACCGGGACGACGUUGUGCUGGAGAGUCUUCUGCUGACAUCUGUCACUCAACUAUCAGCGAGGAUCCGCCAGUCGGUGGACAAGACCGCCGUGAAGAUCAGGGUGCUGUUUAAAGAUAAAGAGCGGAAAUGGGAGGACAUUGAGACCAAACUGCAGGCGGAACAUGACUCAUUACUUCUGAAGAGCUCCAACAAGGAAAUCUCCUCCAUCCUUCAGGACCUGAGGCGGGUGGAGAGGCAGCUCCUGGCCAUCGACGUGAUGGUGGACCCCGACGGGACGCUCGACGCCCUGGCCGAGCUGGGCCUGACGGGCCCCCUCCCCGGCCCCCCGGGGGGCGACGGGGCCCCCGGCCAGCCGUACCCCGCCUCCGAGAGGGCGGAGCGGGACCCCGGCCUCCACCCGCAGCCCAGUGACCCCGCCUCCAGGGAGGAGCUCCGUCACCACUGAGGGGCGGAGAACCCCACCCUGAGAGGGCGGCUGCAGACCCCACCAGACCCCCCCCCCCCCCCCCAGUGAUGAGGCCCUCUGCAUCGCCCGCUGAAGCGCAUGUGGAGGCAGUCGGUUUAAACCAGAGAUGGAUUUUGUUUUUAAGUGUUCAUUUGAAGUUCCUCCAGCCGUGAGCAUGAGCUACCUUCAUCCCUUCGUCCCUUCGUCCCUUCGUCCCUUCGCCCCUUCGCCCCUUCGUCCCUUCGUCCCUUCGCCCCUUCGUCCCUUCGUUCCUUCGCCCCUUCGUCCCUUCGCCCCUUCGCCCCUUCGUUCCUUCGUUCCUUCGUCCCUUCGUCCCUUCGCCCCUUCGUCCCUUCGCCCCUUCGUUCCUUCGUCCCUUCGUCCCUUCGUCCCUUCGCCCCUUCGCCCCUUCGUCCCUUCGCCCCUUCGUUCCUUCGCCCCUUCGUCCCCCCUCACGACAUGAGACCGUAGAUCAGCGCUCGCCUCGUCGUUCAGCGAGCGACGUCAGAUGAAUGAGACCAAUGACGCUGUGUGACGAGGGCCCAUCAGACCGGAGCUCAGACGUUGCGAUAAGCCGAGGGCACAGGAGUCGAUGCAAUGCAGUAUAAUUAUUUAUUUUAUGGAUUCAAAUAAAUCAUUUAACAUAUAUGUAAGUAUAUACAAAAACAGACGUUGAUCAUCUUGCAGGCCUUGAUUAUGAGGAUAGAAUGAUGACUUAUGAAGAUUAUGACUUUUACAAUAAAAAUAUGAAAUCGUUUUCUCUUUAGAUGGCUUUGACCGGAAGACAACUUGUUAACCCCAGACUGACAGCCAGGUCACUAGUAGACUCGUGGUAAGUCACUCCUACGUCACUAAUACAGCCAGGUCACUACUAGUGACAUAGUCAGUCACUAGUAUUGUGCUGGUUGUACUAGAGACGUAGUCAGUCACUACUAUGUCACAAGUACAUCCAGGAGACUACUAUUGACGUAGUAAGUCACUACUAGUGACGUAGUCAGGCAAUAUUAUUGACUUAGUAAGUCACUAGAAUUGACAUGGUAAGUCACUACUAGUGAUGUAGUAUGUCACUAGUAGUGACGUAGUAAGUCCCGACUAGUGAGGUAGUAUGUCACUCCUACUGACGUAUUAUUUCAAUGCUAGCGUCACCUGGCCAUGGAUCCUAUACCAUAAGAACGCGCGUACGCAGGAAUACUAAUCAUUCUGUGAUGUAAAGGAAGGUCUCCCAGGCUGGUUCUAGUUUUCCUUUAGAGUUUUAUUCGUCUAUUGUUGCCUGCAGUCGAUGCACUUCCUGAGCUUGCUGAAUAUCUUUUUUAUUCGUCCAUCAUUAAAUGCCAUAUCAAUGAUUUAUUGCCUGGUUUGUCGUUCGUGAGUCAAUACGGUAUUUACAAAAUGUAUCUCAGCUGUUAUUAAUAUCCAACCAGAGGUCUCCUGCCCCUCGCCUUCGUAACCGAUCAAAGCUGGACGUAAAGUCUGGUUCAACUGUAAACCAAGAAGGUUCUAGAAGGCCACACUCCUGUAUUAGCCUUCGAGUGUACAUUAGAUCACAAGUGCCCAGAGUCAACGGUCACCAGACAACAUCUACAGGGUCACUAGAGGGACGUUAACUAUUGAUUCAUUGACUUUUUAUAUUGCAACUAGCUGUAAAGGGGUGAUAUUAUACUAACACCUGCUGGCGUCAUAUCCCCCUUUAAGGGACCAUCCUAAAGUCUGGACAUCAACCCGGUAACAAGCAGGCUGCAGGGUUUUGAACCCAGUCCAGCCUGCUGUGGGUUCGUUAGUUCAUUACUCAAACUAUUACAAUUUCUAUAAUUCAAUGUUUAACCUGCAUAGGCAUGGGAUACUCUAGUAACAAGAGAACUAAUGAUGACUACGUUGUUUUCCAACCUGCCAAUGUCUUGCCUAAUGCCAAUGUUUACACUGGAAUGUAUCCUAUCAAUACUGUUCAUCUAUUUCAGCCAAAUGAACCACCGAUCGAUGGUUCACUACCUGCAGUGCUCUGUUUUAUUGUGAGUCGAUUUUGCAAUUUUUUUUUGUUUCAAUGUUUUGUACGAUGGUUUUCUUCGUAAUGCACUUUAGUUAGACGUUGAUUUGGAUAAUAUGUUUGUGUGGUCGUUUGGCACCUUUCCAAUAAAAUGCAUGAUAUCAUCA